AUGGAUUGUGGUACUAUUGAAGAUGAAGGUAUCAGGGUUGACAACCUUGACGAUGAUGACAACGCAUGUUGUUGGGAGCCUGCAACAGGGAUGUGUUUUUCUUGCUUAGAAGAAGUCAAAUCAUUUUAUGAAGAGUAUGCUUCGAGAAAGGGUUUUGGGUGGAAGAUUAGAUCUUCAAGAAAAGUGCAAGAUGGGGAGCCCUGCUACUUAAUUUUAUCAUGCUCAAGAGAGGUAAAUAAUUGUCCUGCCAAGAUUGUUAUUAAGUUGGAUAAAGAUGGAUUAUGGAGUGAGGAUCAACAAGACAUUUCAAUCUCUUUUAAAGAUGCAGGAGGACAUGAAAACGUACCAUUUUGUGAAAGAGACGUGGGGAAUUAUGUUAACAAGGAACGACGCGCAAUAGGAAAAGAAGGUGAUGGAAAGACCUUGAUAAGCUAUUUUUGCCAAAUGAGGGAACAAAAUUCAGAUUUUUUCUAUGAUAUAGAUUUGGAUGAUGAUUUUCACGUAAGGAAUGUGUUUUGGGCUGACGCAAGAAGUAGAGCUGCUUAUGAAUACUUUGGAGAUGUUGUGACUUUUGACACAAACAUAUUUGACUAA